UUUAAUAAAGAGAAUCUUUUUGCACUAGGCUGGAAGUGGCCGUCAGUCCCCCGUGCAAUUCCAUUCUCUGGAAAAGUGGAAUCAGCUGGCAUUGCCCAGCGUGAUUUGUGAGGCUGAGCCCCAACAGUCCAAAGAAGCAAAUGGGAUGCCACCUCCGCGGGGCUCGCUCCUCACGAGGUGCUCACCCCGUAUCUGCCAUGCAAAACGAGGGAGCGUUAUGAAGGAAUCUGUCUUGUAAAGCCAUUGGUCCUGGUCAUCAGCCUCUACCCAAUGCUUUCGUGAUGCUGCUGCUGAUCUAUUUGGGAAGUUGGCUGGCUGGCGAGGCAGAGCCUCUCCUCAAAGCCUGGCUCCCACGGAAAAUAUGCUCAGUGCAGCCGCGUGCAUGAAUGAAAACGCCGCCGGGCGCUUCUAGUCGGACAAAAUGCAGCCGAGAACUCCGCUCGUUCUGUGCGUUCUCCUGUCCCAGGUGCUGCUGCUAACAUCUGCAGAAGAUUUGGACUGCACUCCUGGAUUUCAGCAGAAAGUGUUCCAUAUCAAUCAGCCAGCUGAAUUCAUUGAGGACCAGUCAAUUCUAAACUUGACCUUCAGUGACUGUAAGGGAAAUGACAAGCUACGCUAUGAGGUCUCGAGCCCAUACUUCAAGGUGAACAGCGAUGGCGGCUUAGUUGCUCUGAGAAACAUAACUGCAGUGGGCAAAACUCUGUUCGUCCAUGCACGGACCCCCCAUGCGGAAGAUAUGGCAGAACUCGUGAUUGUCGGGGGGAAAGACAUCCAGGGCUCCUUGCAGGAUAUAUUUAAAUUUGCAAGAACUUCUCCUGUCCCAAGACAAAAGAGGUCCAUUGUGGUAUCUCCCAUUUUAAUUCCAGAGAAUCAGAGACAGCCUUUCCCAAGAGAUGUUGGCAAGGUAGUCGAUAGUGACAGGCCAGAAAGGUCCAAGUUCCGGCUCACUGGAAAGGGAGUGGAUCAAGAGCCUAAAGGAAUUUUCAGAAUCAAUGAGAACACAGGGAGCGUCUCCGUGACACGGACCUUGGACAGAGAAGUAAUCGCUGUUUAUCAACUAUUUGUGGAGACCACUGAUGUCAAUGGCAAAACUCUCGAGGGGCCGGUGCCUCUGGAAGUCAUUGUGAUUGAUCAGAAUGACAACCGACCGAUCUUUCGGGAAGGCCCCUACGUCGGCCACGUCAUGGAAGGGUCACCCACAGGCACCACAGUGAUGCGGAUGACAGCCUUUGAUGCAGAUGACCCAGCCACCGAUAAUGCCCUCCUGCGGUAUAAUAUCCGUCAGCAGACGCCUGACAAGCCAUCUCCCAACAUGUUCUACAUCGAUCCUGAGAAAGGAGACAUUGUCACUGUUGUGUCACCUGCGCUGCUGGACCGAGAGACUCUGGAAAAUCCCAAGUAUGAACUGAUCAUCGAGGCUCAAGAUAUGGCUGGACUGGAUGUUGGAUUAACAGGCACGGCCACAGCCACGAUCAUGAUCGAUGACAAAAAUGAUCACUCACCAAAAUUCACCAAGAAAGAGUUUCAAGCCACAGUCAAGGAAGGAGCUGUGGGAGUUAUUGUCAAUUUGACAGUUGAAGAUAAGGAUGACCCCACCACAGGUGCAUGGAGGGCUGCCUACACCAUCAUCAACGGAAACCCCGGGCAGAGCUUUGAAAUCCACACCAACCCUCAAACCAACGAAGGGAUGCUUUCUGUUGUCAAACCAUUGGACUAUGAAAUUUCUGCCUUUCACACCCUGCUGAUCAAAGUGGAAAAUGAAGACCCACUCGUACCCGACGUCUCCUACGGCCCCAGCUCCACAGCCACCGUCCACAUCACUGUCCUGGAUGUCAACGAGGGCCCAGUCUUCUACCCAGACCCCAUGAUGGUGACCAGGCAGGAGGACAUCUCUGUGGGCAGCGUGCUGCUGACAGUGAACGCCACGGACCCCGACUCCCUGCAGCAUCAAACCAUCAGGUAUUCUGUUUACAAGGACCCAGCAGGUUGGCUGAAUAUUAAUCCCAUCAAUGGGACUGUUGACACCACAGCUGUGCUGGACCGUGAGUCCCCAUUUGUCGACAACAGCGUGUACACUGCUCUCUUCCUGGCAAUUGACAGUGGCAACCCUCCCGCUACGGGCACUGGGACUUUGCUGAUAACCCUGGAGGACGUGAACGACAAUGCCCCCUUCAUUUACCCAACAGUAGCUGAAGUCUGUGAUGAUGCAAAAAACCUCAGUGUAGUCAUUUUGGGAGCAUCAGAUAAGGAUCUUCACCCGAAUACAGAUCCUUUCAAAUUUGAAAUCCACAAACAAGCUGUUCCUGAUAAAGUCUGGAAGAUCUCCAAGAUCAACAAUACACACGCCCUGGUAAGCCUUCUUCAAAAUCUGAACAAAGCAAACUACAACCUGCCCAUCAUGGUGACAGAUUCAGGGAAACCACCCAUGACGAAUAUCACAGAUCUCAGGGUACAAGUGUGCUCCUGCAGGAAUUCCAAAGUGGACUGCAACACGGCGGGGGCCCUGCGCUUCAACCUGCCCUCACUCCUGCUCCUCAGCCUCUUCAGCUUAGCUUGUCUGUGAGAACUCCCGACGUCUGAAGCUUGACUCCCAAGUUUCCAUAGCAACAGGAAAAAGAAAAAAAAAUCUAUCCAAAUCUGAAGAUUGCAGUUUACAGCUAUCAAACUUCACAACUAGGCCUCAAUUGUUCCGGUUUUUUAUUUUCUUUACAAUUUCACUUAGUCUGUACUUCAUCAUUUUGACAGCAUCUUCCUCCCUCCUUUAAUUAAUGGAAUCUUCUGAAUUUUCCCUGAAUGUUUAAAGAUCAUGACAUAUGACUUGAUCUUCUGGGAGCAGGAACAAUGACUACUUUUUCUGGUGUGUUAACAUGUCGCUAGCCAGUGCUCCAGGCACCCAGCUUUGUCUGUGGGUUAGUAUUGGUGUAUGUAUGAGUAUCUGUAUGUAUAUAUACACGGUAUUUAUAGAGAGAGACUAUCCUGGAGAAGCCUCGUUUUGAUGCCAUUCUUCCUUGCAAGGUUAAGCAAGGUGGGUGGAAACUAAGACAACUGAACCCUCCAGGACCUCCCGCAUCAAGGUCAGCAUGAGGACAGACCACAGAGCUGUCACUUUUGCUCUGAAGCUACUUCUCCACUGUCCCGUUCAGUCUGAAUGCUGCCACAACCAGCCAGGCAGGUCCAAAGAGAGGGAGAGCAGAGAAAGAAGUCCUUUCUCUUUAUUGAGUUCGAGGACUACAACCAAUUUACACUGCCAUCUGAUGCCGUGAUCCUGAGCCAAGGACGUGAGGAGCAGAACAGGCAAUUUCACCACCAAAUGCCAAGAAAAGGGCUGACAUUUUCUUUCAUGGGCACCAACCUGCAUUUGUAUGUGUCUCGAAUCCACAGUUGCACUGAUUCUUAUGGGGACACAGAUCAUGGUAGAGAAUCUCUCCCUCCUCAGUAAAUGUCAUCUGCACCUGUCAUCAUGGAGGUCAUACAUGCAUACAAAGAGGUGUACAGGUACCAUCUUGUAUACACAUAUAUACCCACAUGUACAGACAUACAUUUAUGCACAUUCACUCUGUUUGUUUCAUAUAUACAGGCAUAAAAUAGAGUAAAUACAGGUAGUUUUAAAAGUACCCUUUUGUGUGAAUUGACUACCGUUGUUUCAAACCUGAAAAUAAAAGACGUUCAUUAUGUAUGAAAAGUAACUGAUUUGUAUUCUGUGAGCAUGUAAAAGCGGAAAGUUAGUGCUUGUUCUAAGAUUACCUUCUUGUUGAUAAACCAUAAAUGAAUCAUCAAAGCUCACACCAAAUUUUUGUAUCAAAUAAAACUAGUGACAGCUUGUGGCUUUUUAUUAGAGCUCACCACGAACUAGGGUAAGGUAAGUGUCUUAGCAUAUUUUAAUGCAGUUGCUUACUAAAGGUUUUAACCACAGAUGCACACACACACGCUUUCUUAUGCAAUCUAUGUUUGCACUUGUGCUUUCAGUUAGCCUUCUGUAGGAAGUAGAAGUCAUAUGUUGUCUUUGUUGUAGUGAAAUUAUACAGAUAGAGUUCCAUAUAUUGUAUUUGUUUCAAUGGUAAAUCCUUUUGGAACAUAUAGAAUGCAGACAUUUUUUUUCCAUUAAAAUAAAUGGGUAUUGGUGGUUAAAA